AUGACGAAGCGAGAGCGCCGCCGCAGUCCGUCUGCCACCCUGACGCGCGAGGAUGCCGCCACCGCCAUCCGCAAGGGCGCAGAGGCGGAGGCGUGGGGGGCGGCGGAGCACCAGCUGGGCCUCUUUGCCCCGCUGCUGCGGCACUACGCCGCGCUCGUGGCCCCCGCGCCGGCCACCGCCCUUCCCGGCGACGCCGCGGACGAAGGCGCCCGGGGCAGGCGUAGAGGGAGUCCAGCCGGCCACGCCGCGCUGAACGGGCAGGGGGCGACGGCCGUCGCGCUGCACCCGCCGCAGGAGACGGUUGAGGCUGCGCCGCAGCAACGGUAUGAGAUGCUGCGCUCCUAUGUGUUCCCCACCACCGUCAGCAGCUACCUUUGCCGCGUGUCUCUGCUCGCGGGGGACGACACGCACGGCGGUGAGGUGAAGCGGCGCCGCCUGGAGGCCGCACCGCCCCGGGAGGAGACUGAGGCAGAGUUGAUUGAGCGCCUCCGCGGCGUGGCGGAGAGGCAACUCCCGGCCUUCGCCGACGACAGCGAGUUUCUCGCGGCGCACGAGAACCGGUACGUGUGGAAGGAGUGGGCAUUAUUCAAUUUCAGCUUCCGCAACGGCAGCACGCAUCUGCUUCAGCUUGUGGCGAAGGCAAAGUUAGACGCCUUCCUGCACUGCCGCCCCUGCCAAGAGGCGGCGCUUGACCUCUACGCCCACCACAUAACCACCCGACUGCAGAAGAUGCGAGUGUCACCCCGUGUGGUGCGCGUGGCACAGAGGCUGCAGCUUGAGCCGCAUGAGCUGGAGACGCUGACGUACGUGCUCGUGUGCCACUGCGGCUCGGCCUGGCCGCUGCACUGCGGCGGCGGCGGCUCCCUCGCCCCCGCCGCCCUCGCCUUUCACAACAACCUGAGCUCGUUUCAGCUGAUGCACUUCCUUGCCGACUACCGCGAGCACAUGAAGCAGGGCAUGCUUACCUCCGACAUCAAGUUCAAGAACAGCUUUAUGGACUGCAGGCUGGCGAUGCCGCAGGAGGUUAUCGCCGCUCUCGCGGGCGACAGUCUGUCGGAGGAGCAGCUGAUUCGGCUAGAGAAGACGGCGCUGGCGGAGGUGCUCGUGGCGGAGCGCACGGAUGCGGCGGCGACGACGUCAACGACGCCAACUACUACCACCACCGCCACCACCGCGGCCGACGCCGCGCCGCCGGGAAAGCUCGGUGGGGCAGCCGUCGACAAGGCCGAGGCCUCGCACCACACAAACAACGCGGAUGCCGAGGAGGAGGCGUCGUCCAACUGCGGCAGCGGCGACAGCACGCCCAAUCUGGAGGCGCUCGGCGUUGACGCGGCCCCGCUGCAGAGCGGCGACGAGAGCGCCCUCGAGGCGGCCCUGAACGAGCGACUGCAGGCGUUGCUGCCGAACCUCCAGCAGCUGCAGCAGGGCGGCGGGGUCAGUGGACGCAACGGCAGCGUCGCCUCAUCGAACUCCUGUGCCGUGGCAGGGUCCCUGCUUCAUGCGCCGUACGUAAGCGAUAUUGAGUACAUGGACGAGUCCUUCAAGUUGCUCUCCAACGUGGUGCGCCUGCGCGGGGCGGAGAGUGACAUCAAGGAUGAGGAGGAGGCGAUGUUUACGCCCAAGACGAAGGUGGAGGCGAUGAUUCGGGAACUUCGUGGUAAGGUGCGUGUGGCGACGGCGAUUCACCGCUCCCGCACCGAGGCAACGCUCAAAGCCGGUAAGUUUCUUCCACGCAUUGAGGCGCUCUCGCAGCGCCUGCAGCUGUCCGAGCUUGAGAAAAGCAUUAUGCUCUUGCUCGUGGGCAACGUCGUGUCGCAUGACAUACUUAUAGCAAUUAAUGGCCGCUACGUCAUGCGGGAGGGGCAGCGGGUGCUGACGGUUGGCUACAUUCUCUUCGUCCUUUGUGAGACGCUAAAGGAGCGGGUGGCGGCCCGCAAGUCGUUUUACCAGUCUGGUCCGCUCCUCUCGAACAGCGUGCUGUCGCUCUCGCUUGACGGCGGCAGUAGCCGCACCUGCUUCAACACCGACCUCAUGGACUACGUUGUCGACAUCGAUCGCAAGAUUGUCGACUACCUCAUGGGCACUGAGACGGAGACGGCGGAGAUGGUGCCGGGGUCGCAGCUCUACAUGCCGGUGGUGCCCAUGGAGAACGUUGUGCUGCCCAAGUGCACCACCGACAUGGUGGUCACGACGAUCCAGCACUACAGCCUGUUUGAGCAGUGCAAGCGUGGCUGUGGCUUUCACGAGGGACUCGGCACGAGCACCGGGGGGCUGGUGUUCCUCUUCUACGGCCCUAGCGGCACCGGCAAGACGAUGCUGGCCAACGCGGUCGCCCACGAACUCAAGAAGCGCAUCCUGCUUGUCAACCUGCUGCAGUUUAAGAGCGACGCCAAGGCGCCGGAGAUGCUGCGCUUCAUCUUCCGCGAGGCCAAGCUGAACGACGCGAUGGUGUUCUUCGACGAGUGUGAGUCCAUCUUCGAGUCCCGCGAGGCCAACCCGCUCGUCACCUCCAUCCUCGCCGAGUUCGAGAAGUACGACGGCCUCAUUGUGCUGGCGACCAACAAGGCGCAGCUGAUUGACGAGGCGAUGAACCGCCGCAUCUCGCUCAUGGUGGAGUUUCGCCUCCCCGAUCAACACAUGCGGGAGAAAAUUUGGCGCGCCCACCUCCCACGCAACCUCGUGCUGCACGAAGACGUCUCCAUCGCGGCCCUGGCGCUCAACUACGAGCUCUCGGGCGGCCUCAUCCGCAACGCGACGCUCGCCGCCCUCAACAGGGCGGUCGCGCGGGAGAAGACGGCGACGCCGACCUUGUGCAUGCGCGACUUCGAGGAGGGCGCACGACUGCAGCUGCGCGGCUUUUUUCUCGCGGCCGAGAAACCGCCGGGCGCCUCAACGGAGUCGUACAUCACCCCGAAGCGGUCCCUCACCGACCUUGUGGUGGAGCGGCAGACGCAGCAGCAACUCGACGCCGUCGCGCGGUACUCGAAGAGUCGCAGCACGCUCUUUUCCCAGUGGGGGUUCAACGAGGACGACUGCGUGGAUCAGGGGGCGCUGUACCUCUUCCACGGCCCGAGUGGAACGGGCAAGAGCCUCGCCGCGGAGGGCAUCGCCUACGAGUGUGCCGCAACGAUACGCCUCUGCAACGUGGCCGAGCUGAUGCUCGUGUCGGGGUUGAAGGUGCACGAGGUGUUCGCCGAGGGCCGUAAGCUCGGCGCCAUCAUCGUCUUUGACGAGGCGCAGGUGCUCUUCAACCACUCGGAGCAGAGCCUGCAUGUGGCGAAGCUCAUCUACUACCACGCCAUGCGCUACCCACGCCCGGUGCUCUUCAUCGCGACGACAGGGACGGUGGGGACGUCAACCAUCGACGUGCGUGCGACGCCGCUGAUCUUUCAGCAGGAGAUCCUCUUUCGCCUGCCAACGCAGCAGCUCCGUCGCGAGCUCUGGCGGCGCGCGUUGCCAGAGCGGAUGCCCGUUGCGGACGACAUUGACCUUGACGAGCUCAGUGAGGCGCCUGUGUCGGCGAAAACAAUCCACGCGGCGGCGUUUAACGCCUGCUGCGGCGUGGCCAUGCUGAGCAGCGAGGAACGCCGACUGACGAUGCAGAUGCUCCGUGACGAGCUCGAGAGCAUGCGACUGAAGGAGCGGCACCGCCAGCCGCACAGCUUAAUGUUCGCGUAA